AUGCAAAACAUGAUUUAAACAAAUGAUAAGAUGAUUAUUUCAAUCUUUUUCACUUUAUUUUUGCUGCUUCAAGUCUCUUAAUGCCUAUAAAAAACUAUUGAAAUGAAUAGCGAGGAUGUUGAUUAUUUAGUAGAACUUUCUCCUACGUUCUUUAAGGGAGAGAUUAUAUCUUAUAAAAUUAUUAUUAAUCAAUUAUUAUCAUUAGAUUAUACAUUUUUUUAUUUAUUGUAAGAUGAAGGAUCUUGCAGCUAAUUCUCUACUCAAUUUUGGAUAACAUACAACGAAUUAGGGAUAAAUUAUUAGGAAAAGUAAGAAAUUUGCUUUGAGAAUGAGUAUAAAGAAAAUAACUUUUGCUAAACUAAGCUAUUUUAGAAAUAUUCCAUUUUGAUUGUAUAAAUAAAAUGUUUGGGAGAUUAAUGUAGAGCAAGAAGUCUUAUUUUAUUAGAUAAGUUUAAAUAUUAUAUAUAAAGUAAAACUUAAAACAUAAAGAUUUAGGUAUAAAAACCAGUUUUAUAAAUUAAGUAUGAAAUGUUGUAUGAAUUUAAAACCUACUUGCUUAUGUAUUCACAAGAAUUAAAGUAUGUAUUUAUUGUAUAAGAUAUAAAACAAUGUAGUAAAAUAACUAAAUAUGGAGUGACUUACUACAUUUUCGAGAUAAAGAAAAAUGGCUGUACAAAAUUGGAUUUUACCAUUAUUUCAUAUACCAAAAAUUUAAGCCUUAUAAUAGAUGAACUCUAAAACUUAUAACAUCCCAUUUAUUAUAAUUAAGGUUAUUAAAAUUUAGAAACAUCUCAUAUUUAUGUGAUUGGUAGUUGUUUCAUUAGUUAUAAUUAUUAAUAAUACAAAUUGCUUUCUAAUGUUUAUUAUAAAGUUAAAUCUCCCUUUUUUUAUUUUAUACAAACUUGCGAGUAAGAAUCAAAUAUAAUUUAUCUAAAAAUUUAAUAAGAUUUUGAAGUUGAAGAAUAUUAUUUAGAGUAUUUAUAUUAAAAAAAAAAUAGUCUAAAUUUAAGUUUAAACAAAGCUUUAAUUGACCAUGCUAUAUGCCUAUAUUUAAAAGGAUAAGAUAUUAAUAUAUCUUAUGGGUCUUCUGAUAAACUCUUUGAUGAUAAUAAAGAUUACAGUUAAAAUUUAAAAUAAGCUUAAGUAGAUGAAAAUGGAAAUGUUUGCAUUAAUUAUGAAGAAAAUUUGUCUCUAUUUUAGUAUGAAAACAAAUACUUAAUUGCUGAGGGAGCUGGAUUUGUUAGCUAUAAGUUAAUGAGGAUUAAAAUAUCAUAUGAUAACUUGAAUUAGCUUUAUGGUUAAAUUUAUAAUAAGAUAUAAACAAGUACGUAUCCUAUUUAAUUAAAUAUUUUUAAUCAGCAAAAAAUUAAAAAAAGAUUAGCAAUUAGAUAUUCUGAUAAAUGUAAAGUAAUAGAGCAAACUGAGAACUAAGAUAUAUCGAUAACUCUAGAUAGCUAGGCUGACUCAAGUGAUUUUAUAUAUCAUCUGGAAAUAUACUAUUCACUCUCUUUUUAAGAAAUAGAUUAUUUAGAAGAUAUUAUAUUUAGUGAUGUUUCAAAUAGAAAUACAGUGUUUAAACAAAAAAUAGAAUCAAAAAAUAAAGUAAUUAAAUUUUAUUUGCCAAAAGAAUUUAAAGAAAAUGAUUUUAUUAUUGAGUUAUUUUAUGAUUUCUAAAGUCUAUCUACAAUUUUAGGUAAAAUAUCAUAAAAUGUAACCUAUUUUAGCCCUAUAUUAUCAAGCAACCACCAUCUAUAUUACAUAUAAAAAUAAAUUAUUGAAUAAAAUUGGCAAGAAGAUCCGAUAGUUAUUUUAUGUAUGAAUCUAACAUAAUUAAGCUUAAAAAGAAACUAUUUUGAUAGUAAAAUUUAAAUUUAUAAUUUUAAUUUUGAAAGAAAAAUUUAAAUAAACAUUAAUCAAUUUAAAUAAAAUAUAAUUAAUGUUUAUAUUGAUUUACAAUAAAAUAAAAUUAUUUAAACAUAAAAUAAACCCUUGAUUCACAUUUAAAAAAUUAAUUAAUCUCUUGAUAAAUUAACAAUUUGGCUUGAUAAAAACAUUCAAAUAAAUGAAUAAAGUGUGGAUAUUCAAUUUUGUUGUGAUACCACCUAUAUUAACCCGAUUUAAGUUUACUAUAAAUACUUGUAUGAAUAAGACGAUUAAUUUCUUAAUGAUAAUAUUUUAGAUAACUAUUUUUUUAAAAGUAAUUUGCUUAUUUAUUGCUGGGGUAGCUCCUAAUAAUCAGAAUAUUAUAGAAAACUUUAAUAUAUUUAUACUAGAAUAUUCGACUAAGAAGAAUUAUCAAAAAUAUAUUCAUUAGAUGUUGAAACUGCUUUUGAAGCUUUUUAAUUUAAUAAAAAAUUUUACAAUUAGGCGAUUAUUAGAGGACAAGAAAUAUGUCUUGCUUUAUACCAAGAAGAUGUUAACUUUCAAAAACAAAUUCAUUUAAGUAAUGAAAGCUAUAUUUAAGAAAUAGAAGUCGAAAUGUCAACCUAUACACUUUUAUUGUCUAAUUCAACAAAUAAAAUUAUUCAAGUUAUUUUGGAAAAUGAGAAUUCAGACUUUAUAUUUGAGUAAUUUAAUUGUACUAAUGGUUCCUAUAUUUACACUUAAAAAGCUUUAUUAACAAUUUAUAUUUUAAAAAAUGCAUAAGAUUACUAAAAGUUUUAAUAAAAAUUAAAAGUAAAGGCAAUAGAUUAAGAAGUAUAAAUUAUAUAUUUAAAUAAGCUUUUUAAAAUAAAAUCUAAUUAAUGGAUAAUUUUAUCAAUAAAUAAGAUGCGAAAUUAUUAAAUUUUAUAAUAAAGUAAUUAAAAUGAGUUUUAUAUUGAUUUUUGGCUAUCAAAUUAUAAUCUUAAAAUUGAAGAAUGCUCUCAACCUAAUUUACAAAUAUUCCCAUAAAUUGAUGGAGUGCUAACUAAAGAAAAUAAUGUUGUCAAAAAUACUGAAUUUCUUUAUCUUUAUUUAAAAGCAAGCUCAAAUUUCAAUGCAAAAUAAUUUUUAUUCAUGGCAACUGAAUAUAGUCAUAUUAAUCUCAUAAAUUAGGAAAAUGUAACUUUAAACUAGUAGGUUUUUUAAAACUAUGUCUUUGAGAGUUUUUACUAAAAUAGAAUUUUUAAGAUUUAGCAUCAAAAUGUAUUAAAUAUUUAGAUCUAUUUUUGCUCAUAGCGUUUUUAAUUUUCUCAAGAGAAUUAAAUAACAGAUAUUAGCUUUGAUUUAUAAAAUAAAUUGAAAAGUAUUAACAACACUUAUGUCUUUCUCUAUCCUGAAAUAUCAUUAAAUAAAAAUCAAUUUUAUGAUUUAAUUUAAAAUUCCUUGCAAUAGUAAAAAUAAAUUUGUUUGCAAAUAUAUUAAAAUGAAGGCAAUUAAUUGAAUUAAAAUGCUACAGGAAGUAUUUUAACUGACGAAAGAUUAACUUAAUAGUUGAAAAUAAACUAGGCUUUUAAUAUUCAAAUAAAUUCUUAAAAUAAUUAUCAAAAUGAAUAUGUGAUUUUCGAAGUAGAAAAGAGUGACACAAAUUCUUAUUUAUACUUAGAAUAUCAAUUAAUUGAAGAAAAACCAGUUCUUUUUGAAGUAAGAUAUAUGUAGAGUGGAUAUUUUUUACACAGGUUUUACUUCUAAUCAAGCUAAGAAGUAAAAGUUUUUUAAUUGUAAAAUGUUAAAUAUAUUGAGAUUUAUAAUUAUGAGCCAACUACUAAUAUACUUUUGACACUCAUUCUAUCAGAAAAAUAAUUCUCUAUUACUAACAUUUAUCGAAAUUAAAUGAGCUUCAACACUUUUUAGGAACCAAAAUUAUUGCUCUUAAGUAGACUACCAGAUUAAAACCUAAUAAUUUCUUUAUAAAAUAACUAAAAUUAAAUAACAAAAGAAUAGCAAAAAAUGGUACCACAUAAAAUUGAUAAUAUUUUUAUUGAAGAUAACUAAGUAAAUUAUGAAUUAAUUGAGGUUCAUCAAAAUAUCUAUUUCUAAAAAAUUUUUUAUUUCUUAGACGUAAACAAUAAGAAUGUAUCAAUACAUAUAAAAAUAAAAUAUUACAGUAAUAUACAAGAGUCUUAUGGAGACUUUAAUAGUUCUGCUUAUGAAUAUGCCCUAAUGUCUAAUACUUUUAAAUUUAAAAUAGAGAGCACUAAAUUAAUUAAUAAAAUAAUUAAAGAUAUUGAUAUUUUGGGCUUACAAAAUUAAAAAAUUUAUUUUUUUUUUUCAACAAGUGAGCACUCUAUUUCUUAAGAGUUUACGAAUGGCUUCAACAAUAUAGAAAAUAAUUAAAAUAUAGUUAUAUUCAAGGAAUAUUUACUAAAGUUGAAAUAGAUCAAAGAUAGCAUAAAAUAUGAGAUAACUACGACUUGUUUUUAAAAUAUACAGAUGUAAAUUCGAAAAGAAGAUGACAAAUAGUUUGAGUAUUUUAGAAUUUAUAUCUAAAUUAAUAAUUCAACCUUAAUAGCUCCUUUAAGUUAAAUUUUUAAACAUUAAUUACCAUCUAAAAAUAUAGAAAUACAAUAAAAAAUAUUGAAUUAACUCUGGAUGAUUUUAAUCAUAUUGAUAUUACUAUUAAUUUUAAUACUUGUUUUCAUGUUUAAAUUAAAAUUACUUUAUAGAAAAAUAAAGAAUUUAUGA